AUGGCUAUCCCGAUGCGCAACCCAAAGGAUUCCAUGACGUCCACCUGGCGUCUGUGGGAUCGCUCGCGGUGGGGAGGAGGCCACUGGCUCCUCGAGUUCCUGAACGUGCACCAUGUCGAACUUGACCAGGGUGUCCCAGUUUAUCAAAAGACCGACAAGAUCCCUUAUGCACCAGAGCUGCAGUUCCAUGUUUGGGUCCUUGCUCACGCUGCGCUCCCGCUCGUCCUUCACCAACUCUAUAUCUACUUCUUCGGUUACCCUUCGCCAUGGCUCGCGUUUUUCUACUACUAUUUCGCCUUCCAGUUCAACACCGUUCACGAAACACAUGUUCUCCGCCGCGUCGGACACAAGAUCGGAUUCCUCGACGGGGACAAGCAUCCUCGCGACGGCGUACCCGACGUCGGUGUCGGCAAGACUGUGCAGACGCUCAUAUCCGUGAUUGUGCUCCGUCCAAUGUACACCGUUUUCCUCGCCUACCGCCCCGAUGAAGGCCCAGCCUCGAUCCGAUGGGGAUGGCUUAUCUUCGAGACCGGCAUGUACGCCCUCAUGAUUGACUUCUGGUACUAUAUCCUGCACCGCUCCGCGCAUGAGACGGAAAACCUAUGGAAAUUCCACCGCACCCACCACCUAACUAAGCACCCCAAUCCUCUGUUAACCGCCUAUGCGGACACGGUGCAGGAGUUUGUGGAUAUCAUCGGCACGCCCCUUCUUGCAUACGGUUCGAUGAGGCUAAUGGGAUUUCCCAUGGGCUUCUACGAGUGGUGGGUUUGCCAGGCGUAUGUGGUAUUCACCGAGAUCCUGGGCCAUAGCGGCCUACGGAUGUAUGCCGGGGCAGUCAACCCAUGGUCGUGGCUACUAAGGCUGUGCAAGAUGUACCUCCUGAUCGAGGACCAUGAUCUUCACCAUCGCAGGGGCUGGAAGCACAGCCAAAACUACGGCAAACAAACCCUGGUGUGGGAUAAGCUGUUUAACACCGCUGGUCAGCGUGUGGAGGCGCUUGCGGACAACAUCGACUAUGUGAACGUUGCGGAAAUUCCCUUGCUAUAA